UGGUUGCAGUACGUUGCCUAGCCCCGGGUGGAGCGGUAUCGCAGCGGGCCGAGGAUCGCAGCGACGUCUCGAAAAAGGAAAGAUGCACAAGGAGCGGAAAGAACGGCACAUCGGUGGGCAUCACCCUUAGGCCAGUGGUCAUUUUUGCGCCCAAUGGUUCGAGGUAGCGGUCGAGAGAUAGUUGUUAGGACGACAAGACAGAGAUCCAAGACGCAACGAGGUGUGGAAACCUCGAGAGCGCCGCGUAACAGAUAGACGACGAGCGUGGAAUUAAGGAAGCGCGGAUCCCGGGCAGCCGCGGUGUGUGCGAGUCGUGUUGAGUCGACAACACGCCGUCGUCCAUCGUAGUUCUCUUCGUCGAGGCAUUACGAGGUAACGACGACUCGGGAGGAGGAGAAGAGUAGGAGGAAGUUGGUUCGGUUGUGCGAGUGAAGGCAACAAACACGCCUCAGUCUCUCUAUCGUGUUGACGUCGUCGUCGACGUCGACGACGACGACGACGACAGGGACGACGACGACGACGCUAGCUGCGAGAAAGAGAGAGACGGCGAGAGACGCGAAUUUUCUCAAGAGACAUUGCGAUGGCGACGAUAUCGAUAACUACGGCGCCGACGACGACGACGACGACGACGACGGCGACAACGACGUACACGGGAUCGACGUCGACUUUGGUCACAACGACCGAGACCACCAUAGCGAUGGAGCGGAGGAAGUCUUACCACGAGCUUUGUCGCUUGUGCGCCUCCUACGACGCUGUCAGGAUGGACAUAUUCGGCCAGGAAGGCAAGAACCGGCAACUCAUCGACAAAAUACAGAUAUGUUUGCCGUUCAAGAUAGUGGAAGAUGAUCGGUUGCCGAAAGUUUUGUGUUAUCGGUGUAUGUACAAUUUGGAAAAUUUUUAUGACUUCAGAACCGCGUGUGUAAAUGCAAACGCUUGGUUGGAGAGGAACAGGCCAAAAGAAGAUGUGAAUGACGCGCAAUGCGAUGAGAUGCGUACGAAGCUCCUGAGGGAAAACAUGCCGGUGCUCAUACCCGAGGCACCCGUGGUCAAUCCUAACGCGGCGUUGGGCACACCUCCGCGUUUGAAUUCCGACGGCGAGGCGGAUCCCGAGAUAGAGGAGAUCAUUGACACAAGCGAAGGUACGGACGAAGUAAUCGACGAUUCGGAAGACCGGCGAUCGGAGUACGAGUACGAGAUGGAUAUGGAAACAAAUCCCAGUGAUUUUCUGGAGAUGACGCCAAUGGUAACCGAGGAGAACGAAGAGGAUUGCGGCGCGAACAACGCGAGUGCCCCGAUCGUUCAGGACACCGCGACGGUUCUUCCGCACACGUCGCAGCAACACGAAGUCUACGUUUGCUCUCUAUGCAACAAAGCGUUCAGCUCGAAGGGUCACUUGUCUUUGCACGCGAGGAUACACGCGGGUGAAGGUGACGUGAUUGGCGAGCGAGUGAUCACCGACGAUCAUACUUCGUAUCAGCGGCCAUAUCAAUGUGAUCUUUGUCAUAAGUCGUAUUCAACAGCGAAGCAUCGUUGGGGACAUGUUUCCACAACGCAUCGGGGACAUCCUGCGGUGACGUGCGCGUAUUGUUCACGCAUAUACUCAACGCGCUACAAUCUUGACGAGCACAUAAAGUCACGGCACGCCGGUCUACCGCCAAAUCCCGAAUUGUCGGUUUCAUUUUCCCGCGCUAACGAUAACGGCAAUUAUCAGUGCCAAACGUGUUCGAUGGUGUUCACGGACUUCGCCGUUUUCAACGCGCAUCGUCAAAUCUGCAUGGAAGAGCAUCGUACGGAUCUUCUUGAGCAAAACGAGGCGCAGACCAAUAAGAAUUUAGUUGAUAUAUCCGACGCUUCGAGCGUGGACUCGGACGAUGAGAACAAAGACUUUAAGAACGCCGAAGCUAAACUGGCGAAAAAUCCACAAUUGACUAUAUUGAAGCACGCCUUGACCAAAGGAGACAGUUUGAAACGUAAUCACGACGACGCCGGCUCCGCAUCCAUUUGCAAACUCAGGAAAAUCACCAAGACAGAUGAUAGCGACAUUAAUUCUCAGAAAAGAUGGUAUUGCGAAGUUUGUCCGCAAAGUUUUGCGUCGAUAGACAGCUUGAAAGAGCACGAGAGUAUACACGACGCCGAGAAGCCUUUUAUUUGCGUUCUAUGUAAGAAAGACUUCGGCGUUAAGACGUCGUUAAUAAAGCACAUUAUGCAAGUGCACGGCGUCGAUCCCACUCCGAUCGUCAACAGUAACAAAUGUCUGAAGGCGUUGUCUCAGGAUUGGAACAAUCAGAUAGACGUAGGUCUUUAUGAACACACCGAGACGAAGGAGGAACCGCUGAACUCGUCAUCGCCCGAGAUGACUAUGGAAAACGACGACAAAGACUUGAAAGUUGAUCCGGAAAACGAGUCGGUGGAAAUUGAAACAGUAUUUAUAUGCGAGCUUUGCGCGAGGGAUUUCAACGACAGAGCGUCGUUGUGGUUACACAUACGAGCGACGCACAAAGAAAUUGCUGGUUUUGCGUGCGGAGUUUGUCUGAAGAUAUGCACCGACAACAUACAGUUGCAAAAUCAUCUAAAUAUGUAUCACGCGGCGUCGAACCUCUUUUUAUCGGUACAGAGAAGGUAUAGCUGCACGAUAUGCGGUAGACAGCAUGACUCGAGGAAAAAGCUAAUCGCUCACGUCUCUAUACAUAAUCUCGAUCCUACAUAUGAUCCUGCACAUUUUGUACGAUUAAAUAGCAUAUAUUGUAAUGACAACCUAAACGGCAAUGAUGGAAACGAGCAAGAUUUCGAUGGGGAUGACAGCGAAAAGGUCGAUUGUUACAUUUGUUACAAAUCGUUCCCGAACGAGGAUCAUCUCAUACGACAUCAGAGAAACGCUCACAAGCCUGAACAAUUGGUUCCAUUGGGAGACGGGAACGCGCAGAGCGUCAAUGGCAAUAGUAAUAGAGCACAGUAUCAUUUAUUCUUUGUGUGCGAGGUGUGCGGCAGUUCUCACUCGAGCAAAUGGGAACGUUGGUUACAUAUCAGUAGCAAACAUAGCAACGAAUCUUCUAUUAAGUGUGAAUAUGAAAAUUGCGAGAUGCUAUUUGCCACGAAAUCGUUGCGCAACGACCAUAUCCAGCAUCAUGUGAUUCAGGGUCCGAUACCGAAUACGUGCGAGGUGUGCGGUAAGCUCUGGCCUACCCGCGUCGAUUAUUGGAAGCAUAUGAUGGGCGUGCACACGGCCACGGUGCCUUUUAUCUGCGGUGUUUGUCUGAAAGUAGUUGCGAAUGUGUUGAAGUUGCAGGCGCACGUAAGGGCGAAACAUUGGCCGUUGACUAAUGGUGAUUUUAGCUGUGAUAUUUGCGGUAGACCAUAUUCCAAUAAAUCGAAGAUGUCGCGGCACAGAAAGAUUCACGGCCUAGAAGCGGCGCUGGCUGCGGCAGCUGCGACCGCAACAGGGGAAGGGGACAGGGACGUCGUGUGCAACAGUAGCUUCAAUGAGGCGACCAGCGAAACGAUGAUGAUCAAGCUCGAGCAAAACAACGGCGCCGCCGCGGAGGUCGAAUUGAAUUGCGAGCAAUGUCCCAAUCUGAGCUUCUCGUCCUUGGACAGUUUGUGCAUCCACCGACGUUUGGUGCACGGUCUUUUCCCGUGCGAUCUGUGUGUCAAGUUCUAUGGUAGAACGUCGCAUUUGUGGAAGCACGUGAACCGAGUGCACAAAGGCCACGCGGACGUGACUUGUCCGUAUUGUUCGAAAACCAGCGCGUCGAGGGAUCAUCUGGCGGCGCAUAUCGCGAAGAAUCACAGAUACGUGCCCGCGAUCGAUAAGGACAGUCAAAACUGCGUUACUUCCAAGUCCCUCCAGAACGUGGAGGACGGCGUUCAGCAUUACUGCGAGAAAUGCAACAAGGGAUUCCACAAACGUUAUCUUCUGCGACGUCACAUGAAGGGUUGUCAGAAUUAUCGCAAGGAUCCGGGCGCGUUGCUGACUCGUUGCAGAGCCUGCGAGAGAAUCUUCAAGGAUCGCGCGAGUCUGCAGAAGCACAUCGAGAAUCAUCACAGCACGUACACGUGCCACUUGUGCAACGAAACGAUCACAUCUAAACUGGGCAUUAUGACGCACAACCGCGUCAAUCACAUGGACCAUCCGGAUCUCACGUGCAGCCAACCGAGCUGCAAGAAACUCUUCCGUACAAAGGAGGAUCUGGAGUCCCAUAGGAAGGAUCACAAAUAUCACAGCAAUCCGAACGUGUGCGAUUUUUGUGGCGACACAGUGGAGAACAAGCUGAAGUUGAAAAUGCACGUGCUUUCGUUACAUCGAAACGAGAUCGGUGUGUCUUGCGGCGUCUGUCUCAUUCCCAUGAAAGAUCCGAAAGAUCUGAAGAAACAUGUUGAAACGGAACACAGCAGCGUUCUCACCAAACCAAAUACGUGUCAGGUAUGCGGCAAGCAGUACGCGUCCAAAUGGAAGGCCUUUGAUCACACCAAGAAGUGUCACGGGAAAGUUUUCCUCACGUGCAAACAAUGUCUGGCGGUCUUCACCGAUGAGAAUAACAUACGCGAUCAUUACGAAUACGUGCACAACGUUCCGAAGGAUCAGUUAUCCGUUUUCGAGUACAAAAUGGACAUCGGUGCGAAGAGAGAUGGUCACGAAACACCCGACAUCGUCGUGAAGGAGGAACCGGACGAUCUGGAGUUCGACGAGGAGAUAUGCGACGAGAGCUCGAACGACUCGCGCAAACGCAAGCGAAACCCGAAUGAUACUUACGACUGCGAGAUGUGUCCGGAGAUAUUCCUGAACCAGGACACUCUCGCCAAGCAUUACCAGAAUGUUCACAACACCGAUCCCAUUCGCAUGUUCAAGAAGUUCAAGGACAUCGGCGACAAACGCAAGAGAAAUAGAAACAACUUCGAGUGCAAGAAUUGCAAGAGACAAUUUCCGACGAAGACUCUGUUUUGGAAUCACAUAAGCACGUGCGUGCCGCGAAAUUCAAUGCGCAGAUACGAUUUCGCGAACAACAUACCGACGUCGAUUUUGGAGUCUCAUUUGAAGAACAACAAUCAGAUUCAGCGGGAGGAGCUGAUGCCGCUGACCAACGAGUCCAAUCUGAAUAUUCCCGAUUUCAAUUUGUUCGAGGACAUCAAUAUGCAACUGUCGGCACAGAAGCCCGUGCCGAAUCUCAUGCCGUUGUCGCACAUGAAAUCGGGGAACGGGAAAUGUUCGAGGAAGGAUUCGCGCAAGGUUUACGACGAAUCGACCAAUACCACUUGCACGUGUGAAGUAUGCGGCAAGCAGUGGCCCGCUAAGAAGCACUUGUGGCAACACUUGAUACGCUUCCAUCGUGCUGAAGCCGCGGUGACGUGCGGCGUAUGUCUGAAACUGUGUAAGUCAUACGAAGAUCUGUCCGAUCAUCUGAAGGCCGAACACGCCCCAGUUUUGUCGCCGGAGGGUAACAACUUUACUUGUAAAACGUGCGGCAGAUAUCACAACGCGAGGAGCAAAUUGCUGUUGCACAUGAGCAUUCAUAUCGGAAACUUCCGAUGUCAAAAGUGCCAGCAGGGUUUCGCGAGCGAGGAGAAGCUCGGUGAACACGCGGCGAUGGGUUGCAGCGUCAGGUCGGAGUGCGAGGAUCAAGCGACCGCGGAUGAGGACAACACGAAGAACGACAACGACGAGAAGGGUAGUUUGAUUGCCGACGAGACGUCGGCCAUCGAGGAAGCGGAGGAAGAAGCGGAGGACUUCGAAUCGGAGGGCGUUGAAAGCAGGGACAUAAACGACGAAGAGGACAGCAACAGCGAGGAGGAAAACUCGGAAAAUAGCGACUCGGAUAGCGCUAGUAGCAGCUCGAGCGACGACGAGGACGAAGAGAAAGAGGAAGAGGAGGAAGGGGAGGAAGCGGAAGAGGCAGAAGAAGCGGAAGGAGGAGAGGACGAUGAAGACAAUGAGAACGAAUCCGGGACGAGAACCACAAGCAGAGCGAGCGACAACAGUGUAUCGUGUUCUUCCGAGAGCGAAGAUUCCGACAUGGAUGAAGCGGAAGUGCGUACCGUGCAAAAGGAAGCGCCCCAAGUGAGCAACAUGUUCGAGACGCGUGACGACGAUAUCCAAGAGAAUUUGACAAGUGCUGAAGAUCAGAAAACCGAUCUCGCGUCCGUUCGAACAGACGUGGAACAGACGAGACCAAGUGACGCGAAUGAUCUAUUGGCUUCUGGCGAACCUAUGAACGUAGAUAAAUUUGAUACGUUGCAUCUUGAAAAGUCGUCUGCUAAAGCCGCGACGAGCGACGUGGACUUGUCUGACGAUAACGAGGACGACGACAAGGAGGAGGAGAACAACGAAAACGAGGAGGAAGAGGAUGAAGAAGAGGAAGGCGAAGAUGAGGCCGAGAGCGAGGACGAGACCGAGGCGGAAGAAGAGGAAGACGAGGAGGAGGAGGAGGAGGAGGAUGACGACGGGCCGCCAGUGCUGAGUCCGAUAAUGCCUUUGUUGCAAGAAAACGAAGCCGAGGAACAUAGCAACAUAGAUCGACACAAGCUCAGUCCGAUGGUCUCUCUUAACAUGCACAAAGAUUUGGAAGAAUGCGAAAUAACGGAAGUACAAAACAGCGCGGAGAACGCGGACCCGUCGUCGAACGCGGCCACUUUCUACGCGGCUAACAACAACGAUCUGUCCGUAACGUGGCACUCGGACUCGGACGACAACGGCGAACGCGAUUGCGACUCGGACAUCGGAGACAAGGAUGUGAUAGUGGUGAACAACCAGUUCGACAAGGCGUACGAGAAGAUGGAAGUUGACGAGGACGAGAACUUCGUAGAGGAUUCCAUGGAUGAGAACACGAUGGACGACGACAGGGACGACGGAGCUGACGAGCAACAGGUGCACGAGAUACACAAUCUCGACGGGACCGUGUUAAUGGUGGCGAACGACGCGGAGGGUAAUCAGAUAUUGAUAGAGCAGAACGUGUUGGAUAUUGAGAACGAGGAUUCAAACACCGAGAUGACGCAGUACAUUUAUCCGGAGAACGCUUACGAGAUCGUCGAGGAGGAUUACGCGACGCGCAACGAAGCCGAGGACAUGCAAACGGACGAGAUGGGCGGUGAUGUGACUUACGUUCAGAACACAUCGGAGAACGAGGAGGACAGCAUGGAGACCGGAGACAUCGAGGAGAAUAGUGACGAAAUACAAAAAUAGUAGAACACGAGUGCCAAACUGGAGAGAAAUUACAGAGUUUUGUAAUAAAGUGUAAGAUAUAUAUGCAUAUAUAUAUAUUAUAUAUAUAUAUAUAUAUAAAAAUACACACACCAUUUUUGCCGGAGCCAAUGAGGAUUUUCCAAUGAGGAGGAAAGUGAAGAAGAGAGAACAUCUGUCAUACGUACCUUGAAAACACAAAUUGAGAUUGUACAGUAGAGUAAGUAAAGAGUAUUUGUUUAGGAAGUGGACAACUUUUAAUAGAGUAUUAAAACGAGAAGAGAGAGUUCACGAUGUGUGUGUGUUGUGUGUAUGUAUGUGUGUGUGUGUGUGUGGAGGAACAUUUUUAUCAUUGAUCUGCCGCCGCAGAGGCAUUGCGUCCACAAUUUCCGCGCGAUAUCGCGAAGCUUCCUUGGGGAAAAAAAAAAAAAAAAGAUGCGACUCGUUUCACACACGGUGUACAACAGAGUUUGAAAUUGUCAAGCGGGUGCACCACCAAUGUGUGCACAAGCGUUACACGAAUUAUUGCGACAAAGAGUUACGAUUUAUAGUAUCCUUUUUUUAUGUUUCUUGCGAUCAAAAAAAAACAAAAAAACAAAAAAAAAACAAAACUAUCGAAGAAGAUACUUUAUGUGGAAUAUUGUUUAUUUGCGUAUUUCGACAGCACUUUUUUGACAAUAAUACACUUUAUCUAGUAGUUUACAUGUUGUUUCUGCGCGAUGUUCGUUCGUAGGACAAAAAUAGAACGCGGACAUGUGUGUUGGAAAACUGAUUGUUGCGAAAUUAAACUAAUAACUUCGUAAGUUUUAGAACUGCGCGCAGCAGAGAUCGUCAUCGUCUGCGUAUUAAUUUAAAAGUGCUUUUGUUUGCGUUAUGGAAAAAAAAAAAAAACAGCGAUUGUCUGGAUCAAAAAUUGUGCAUUAAAGAUCUUUUGAAUCAUUCGUCUGUGUGUGUUAUUUUUUUUCAUUCGAUAUCAGAGAGAGAGAGAGAGAGAGCGAGCGAUGACAAAAAAUUAAACGUUUGAAACGAAUCUGCGCGUAUGUGCAUACGUAAGGUCCGAGAAGAAGCAACCGAGUACACAUCCGACAAACCACUUUUUAUGUCGAUACAAGCGUUGUUAGCGCCCUAUUAGAACACCCUUUCUUUUUUUCGUUAGUGUAACGAGAAGUGAAACAAGAAUCGUGCAUUCUCACUAUAUAUAUUUUUAUGAAAGUAAAAAAAAAAAAAAGAGGGAAAAAUAAACACAUGUUAAUGUAAAUAAUAGCUUUAAUUGAUUAACUUGUAUAGUUGAGUGAGAGUUUCAAGCGUGUUUCUACGGUGUGCAUGAGAGCGCGAAUAUGUGUGCAUGUAAAUCGAACAAUACAGAGAGUUGUAAUUAUAUAUAUAUGUAUAUACAUAUACAUACAUACAUAAAUACACAUAUAGAACAUGUGCGUAUUAAAAAGAAAAAAAAGAAAGCGAUACCUCGAUUACACACACAUAUUAAUGAUUAGUUUGAUAUUAAAGCAAUGAUACACAAGUGCUUUGUAUUAUAUUAACUUAAUUUAGCAAAUUGAUUUUAAUUUUCGGUUUGAGAAUCAUAGAAAUAUGGAUUUCUUUUUAAUUGAUAAGAAAACAAAAACAAAACGUAGGUUUCAAUGUACGUUUCCGUUUGGAUGGAGAGUUCGUUAAUAUUUCGCACAUUUUUUUUUAACGCGUGCGUAGUGACGUAAGUUUAGUAGAUAAAGAGUUAAAUAUUAGAUAUUAGCGUGAGAGAGAAGAGAGAGAGAGAAAGAGAGAGUUUGUGCGUGUAAGUGUAAGAGUGAGAGAGAAAGAGAGACAUGACGGUGUUUGUUAUAUCGUCGAUUUCUAAUAAUACCAACGAUCUCUUUUUUUCCUGAUUAUUUAUUAUUGUAUUCAUUCCAAAGUAAUCUCUGAAGUGUGAAGACACCGCGGGAGAAUUUCUUUUUUUUUUUUUUUUUUUUUUUUCUUCCUCGUAUUAUGUUAUCCUACAUAAACGAUUAUCCGCUCGAGGGAGAUAAAUGUUGCAGAGUUUCGAAAUUCAUGAGCAUUGACGCUCGUUUUAAAAGAUGAUUGUUAAACCAAAGUUGAACUUUGGUUUGUUUUGUUCCCAUCAUUAUAUAAAACGCUACGAUCUCUCUUCGAUGCGUCGUUGUUAUUGGACACACAUGUAAUUACAAAUCGGCGCGACAAAAUUUUUGUCAAAUGCUUAUCACAUUUUUUUUUUUUUUUUUUAUCACAAUGAUCGGAAUACUAAUACGAAACGCGACGAAUAUGCGCGAUGUUACGUGUCACAAGCACGAUACAUCCUAGAUGAAUUGUAGAUCUUAUAUAAUCAUGAGCGAAACAACAAUCGUUUAGUCUGGAAUUAUUUUUUAAAACGUAAUUGAAGAUUAUUGCUCCUGAAAAAAUGAUGAUGAUUUUCUUCGCUCUGUGACGAACGGUCCGUGUGUGUUAUGUCAUAAUACCAAUUGUAAUGAGGACAUUUGUAAUAUAGCAUAAAUUUUUAUCAUUCUCUGUAUUUGUUCACGACACAAAUUACAAUAAUUAUUCUCCAUG